AAAAACAUUUUUAUUUCAAUUGCGAGGCUUUGUAAUAAUAUAAUAUCACAGAUUACAUAUACAAUAAAUCAACCAAUUCACAAAAGAUAUCAAUAAUGUAUACACAUAAUCUUUCUUCUUGAUUCACUCCGUUCCCUUAGUUCAGACAGACAUACAAGGGCUUUUAAUUUAUUAUUUAUUUAUGUAUUCAUUUAUUUGUAUCCAAACAGACCUACUGGUCUAAUUACAUGGAUAAAUAUACAAAUAUGUAUAAUAUUACAAAUAAUUUAUAUUAAUUUACAAGCCAUAAACAUGAAAAAUAAAGAUAAAAGUAAAAAUAAAAGUAAAAGUGAACUUAACACUAUGAUUUUUACAAUAUUAGUUUCAAUUCAACAAAGAAGAAAAUUUAUUUGAGUAAUAAUUAUAAUCAGUUAGCAAUAUGAUGAUAAUUUAAUAAUUUGUUUGAUUAUAUUUUGAGUUAUUGACCAAUUCAGAUCAAUGAGUGUGUUAUAAUUUGCUAGUCGACACUACAUAGGUAAUAUGUAGUGAUGAAAGCUGAUCUUUCUGCAGCUGCCAAAACGGGCACGACUCUUUCCACAAUUCCUUCGAAACUGGGAAUUUCAAAUGCAAUUUCUACAUUUCAUGUUCAUUUAGUUUGGGCUAAGUAUUAUUUGUUUAUUUUACCUGGACUACUUCAAAUGUACAUAUUGGAAUCAUUUUAUUUUCAUCCUUACUGUAGCGAAAUAUCCUAAAUGUUUGCUUUUAGUGUUUUUCAAUUGUGGACUACCAAAAGUGGUUACAUACAUAUACUUUUGUUUUCAUUAUUUGGGGAGCCUAGAGAUAACACAAUAACACAUUAGUCCUUGAAUGAACCUUAAUAAACAACAAUAUAAGAUAUAAGCCAGGUAGCGGAAAAAUUCUGUAGUAGGUAGUAAUUAGGCCACAGAUUAGGCGAUGACUCGGUCAAAUAUUGACCAUCAUCUUAACUGAAUUCACCAAGGGAAGGGAUGAACACUAAAACUUAUUGUUUCAAUCCAAUAUUAGUAACUUGGACUGUGGACUGUGAACUCACAUACCAAUCUGAUUCAGUGCACGUGUUCAGUUAGUUUCGAAAGUAAUAAACGCACAAAAAUGCGCCCGAACGCUAUAUUUUUCGACAUGGAUAACACGAUCAUCCCCACUAGGAAAGCGGACUGUCAAACCAUGCACGAGCUCGCCAAUAUUCUUUUUCAUAAAUAUCGGAUCCCAGAGGAAGAGGGAAAAAUUGUAUGUUUUGGUUAUCUACAUAAGUUCAGAGAAUGUCCUGAAAAUCUUUCAAUGGAUCUGGAUACAUGGAGACAAUCCUUAUGGGCAGAAGCUCUUGGCGAAAAUUUUAAACAUCUAUCAGAGGCGGUGUAUAAGGAAUGGAUCGAACUGCGAUACAAAAUUUUGGUCGUGGAUCCAGAUGUCAGAGAUAUGCUCGUGGAGCUCCGAAAGGUUUACAACUUGGCGCUGAUCACCAACGGAACUUCUCGAGCACAAUGGGAAAAGGUGAAUAAACUCAAUCUCGCUCUCCUCUUCGACCUGAUCAUCGUAUCCGGAGACUAUCCUUGGGAAAAACCGGAUCCGAACAUUUUCCUCGAUGCCUGCCGAAGACUUUGGGUUGCUCCCCGAAGGGUGAUCAUGAUCGGCGAUAAAUUGGAGACCGAUAUCUUAGGAGCGGUGCAGUCCAAUCUGGGAGGCUCCAUCUGGACUCCUCGAGAAGACAGCCCGGCCAGGGAGCCAGAGGACCCCGAACCAUCUGCGGUAGUCCGCGAUAUGAGUGAUCUUCAAUAUGCGAUAUGUCGUGUUGAAGAGAAACUGAAUGCUGAAAUGCAAUGCCCGAAUUCGAAUGAAUUGUUGAAUGCUGUAAAAUAUUUAGGGAGUUGAGAAUAUACCACUCUUCAGUA